AUGGCUUCAACACCAUUAAAGCAUGGAAAGGUGGAACAUAGAACUAUCUUCAAACUAGUUUAUAAUGAAUGUAAGACAAGUCCUUGUGGCAAUGACAACAUCUGUAUAAGCGAACAGAAUGGUUACAGUUGCCAAUGUCUAAGUGGGUAUAGUGGUGCUAAUUGUGACAUUCCACCAAACUUUUGCAAAGUAAAUGGAUGUAAAAAUAAUGCAACUUGUGUGAGCAAUUUUGCCAAUUAUUCCUGUGUAUGUGAUUCAAAUUGUACAGGAACGUUUUGUGAAACACAAAUUGUGCAUGGUAAAUGGGGCUCGUGGUUAGGUUGGUCAGAAUGUUCACAAUCCUGUAAUGGUGGAACCCAGUACCGAGCUCGAUACUGCGAUGAUCCUGCACCUGAGCUAUAUGGAUUGGAAUGCUCUGGAACAAACAUGUCAUCGCAGGCUUGUAAUACAGAUCUUUGUCCGGUUUGUCUAAGUCAUUCCACUAUAUACUCUUACAAAAACAGAUUUAACUGUACGAGCAUAUCUGAUUCUACUUCAUGUGUGGUCACGUGUCAAGAUGGGUAUAGCUUUGUAAGAGACUAUCAACCACUUGAUCAAUACGAAUGUGGACCUCAAACUGGACAUAUUUGGAAUGCUAUUCCACCUCCAUGUGCUCGUUCAGAUUCACCUAGAGCAGUGAGGGCAACUGCAGCUGUAACAUACAAAUGAGGUGGAUUGUAGUAAUGAAGAAAGCGUAUCUGAUACACUGAAUCAGAAUUUAAAGAACCUUCAAUGUGUGGAGAAUAAUACAUGUACGGUCAGCACGUCUACGUUUGGAUGUGAAAGUAGACGAAAGCAAUCAACUGUAACAUCUGUUCAAAUUGUUAUACAAAUUUAUUCUGAACUGUCAGAACACCCAUUAAUUUUGGAAGAGUUUUAUUCUAACAAUAUAGUUUCUUCGGGAUUAUUGGAAGUUGUUACAGCAUACACGGAUUUAACCAUGUCACUUCAUCAACUGAAUACCACGGAUGUCCUGAUAAUAGAAGACAAAGGCACUAUUUAUUCUGCUGACUUGUCUUCACUUAUAAUAAAAAUCGACAUUACAUGUCCAGAAGGAACAGUCGAACAAGAGUUAAUUUGUGGUAUGAAAAAAAAAUCUUUUAACUGUAAAUCAUAUAACGUUGUUCUGGUAGUUUUCAUGCCACGUUUUUCCAGACCAAGUUUUCUACUCGUAUGCAAUUUUGUAUAAUCAAUUUUAAUUCAAGGGUUUCCUGAUAACUAAUCUAAUGCUAUAGAAGAACCAUUUUUUUUAAACUAAAGGAUGUGUUUGCCAAUAAAAUGUUUGAAAUCAGGUUUAAGAUCCAGCAUUUUUCACAAAGUGUUUUGAAAGGAAGGCAGCGACAAAACAGAUACAACUGAA